CCUUUGCAUUGCAUUGGACUGCAUUGGAGUAGGUUGGCUAACCUGGAUAGAGAGGGAUGGUAGUGGCAGGAUAACAAUUAUCAUCGGAUUUAAUACAUCCAAUUCUUGGAAACGUUUCUUAUACAUUUACAUCUUUAAUCGUAAUACAUGGAUGUUUAUUUGGUGGUACCCUAGAUUUCUCAUGAAGGUAGGCUUUUUUGUUAUUAAUAUAUUUUCGCUGUUGCAUUUCGACUGUGCACAGCUCAGCUCCCUGUGAGUCGUCGGUCUGUCAUUACAGGAUAUAGAUCGUAGCCUAUCUACCGUUUAUAGACAGUAAUAAAAACACGUCUACCUUGACAUCUAAACUUGACCCACCGAUCUGAUUUCUGGACUGUCUCAUCACGGCAUUCACGAGAUGGACGAAGACAAUCAAGUACCCCAGGAUCUCUCACUGGAAGAGAGGGGUGAGCUGUCAAUCAUCCGACGGAGGAAGAGAGAGCUGCUGGAUGAUAUUGAACGCUUGAAGUUUGAGAUAGCUGAAGUCAUGACUGAGAUUGAGCAACUAACAUGUGUAGGAGAAAGCAAAACAACACAGCGGAACAAACAAAUCGCCAUGGGGAGGAAGAAAUUCAACAUGGAUCCUAAGAAGGGGAUCCAGUUUCUCCUGGAGAAUGACCUUCUGCAGCACACCCCAGAAGACAUCUCUCAGUUCCUCUACAAGGGCGAGGGCCUGAACAAGACGGUCAUCGGAGACUACUUAGGGGAGCGAGAUGAGUUUAACCUCAAGGUGCUGCAGGCGUUCGUAGAGCUCCAUGAGUUUGCUGACCUCAACCUCGUCCAGGCCUUAAGGCAGUUCCUGUGGAGUUUCCGUCUUCCUGGUGAGGCUCAGAAGAUUGACCGGAUGAUGGAGGCGUUUGCCUCGCGGUACUGCGGCUGUAAUCCGGGGGUUUUCCAGUCAACAGACACAUGUUAUGUGCUGUCGUUUGCCAUCAUCAUGUUGAACACCAGCCUGCACAACCCCAACGUCAGAGACAAGCCCCCUGUGGAGAGAUUCAUCUCCAUGAACAGAGGUAUCAACGAGGGAGGAGACCUGCCAGAGGAACUACUCAGGAAUUUAUUUGAUAGCAUCAAAAAUGAACCCUUCAAAAUCCCAGAAGACGAUGGCAAUGAUCUUACACACACGUUCUUCAACCCUGACAGAGAGGGAUGGUUACUGAAACUAGGUGGAAGAGUGAAGACCUGGAAGAGACGGUGGUUCAUUCUGACUGACAACUGCCUGUACUAUUUUGAAUACACAACGGACAAGGAACCUCGUGGGAUCAUUCCUCUAGAGAACCUUAGCAUAAGAGAGGUGGAUGAGCCCAGGAAGCCUAACUGUUUCGAGCUCUACAACCCCAAUCACAAGGGUUCAUUGAUCAAGGCAUGUAAGACUGAGGCGGACGGCCGGGUCGUCGAGGGCAACCACACAGUGUACAGGAUUUCAGCGCCCACCACAGAGGAGAAGGAGGAGUGGAUCAAAUCCAUCAAAGCAAGCAUCAGCAGGGAUCCCUUCUAUGACAUGCUAGCCACCAGGAAGCGGAGGAUAGCCAAUAAGAAGUGAGGAGAACCUGACCACACCCACCCUAUCAUCAGUGACACCAGCAUGGACCUCCAUCGGUCCAGGAGACAGGGGGGCUCACACACUCAGCCCAGGGACAGGAGACAUGGCCACAGCAGACAAGGGGAUCCAGAUUUAGUGGGGAUUUGACUUCGGAUGCAACACGUCUACACUUCAUCAGUAUGGAGAAAGGACAAGUCGGGAAGGGCACGUGACAUUUUGGUUAUCAGUUUCUUUUCAGAUGCAUGUGUGAAUGUACUGUAUUGUGAAAAGGACAAUGGUCUGAGCAGUAUGUAUGAGGCUGUGUGGGGCCUCCCCAAUGUCCCCAUACAGACGGCGCUUUCCCCAACCAUCGAAGCAGGCUCGAAGAAACAUGGACAUCUUGGCUAGCUCAACAUUGUCCUCUAGUGGGUGAAUUGAGUAUGCCCUCAAUGUCAGAAGAACCUCAAACUUUUAGGAAUCAACGGGUCAGAUUUUCACCUGCAAAACGACUGAUACAAGUAGUGUACAAUAAGAAUUUGUUUUCUUUCCUCUUUUGUUUCAUAAUGCCAUACCCAGUUGUUGCCAGUUCAUAUUAGACAUCACUAUGGUCUAUGUAAGGUCAAAUGUGAAUUCCUGCAGAGCUAUAAUAUACUGUAUUAAUAAUACAUAGUCAAGUUUGUGUGACAGUUAUUCAAAGCUAGUUUAUGUAUUGAUUCAAAGUCCACUGCUGUACAUUUGUUUUUCAUAUUUAUUUUCUCUAAUUACAAAAGUGUAUUCCCCUUGA